AAACAAAGAAUAGAAUCAACCUAAAGCUCUCCUGAACCCAAACGUCAUGACGUGGGACUGAAACCGUUAUCGUCCCGACGCUCGUAACGGCCUCUAAACUGAAACGCCUCCGUUACGAGCAGCAGCUGCAGUACCGCUCUGCGGCCGCAGGGGUCGCCAGAACCGCGCCGCCCGCAGCAAGAGGCUCCUGUCCCGCAGCGCUCUCCAUGUUGAAACGGAGCAGCUCCUCUCUCCUCGGGCAGACUCCCGUCGUCGCUCUGCGCCAAACCGCCUCCGCCGGCGGCAGCCAUGACCCUGGACUCUGACCGUGAAUGAACGCCUCCCGGACCGCAGCCAGACGAAGCGGCCCGUUGGACCUCAUCUGCCGGACCCUCCGGAUCACAUGAACGGUGUUUCCAGCGACCUGCUCGGGAUUUUACAGUGACAGCCUUCUGAUGGACCAAUCAGGAGGAGCUGGGAAAAAGAGGAACUGAGUCUUCUCCAUGCAGAGGACAGGCCAUCAGGAUGAAGGAGGAGAACUUGUUCCAUCGGAGGCUUUCUUUGUGCCCCAGUGCCACCUCACCGCCCAGACUUGACCCCCGGACCCUCACCCGAAACCUGUCUUAUGGCGGAGACAACGACCUGUCCAGCAUCAGCCCAGGCAGCGAGACAGACACGAACGGCCUCCCCAUGCUGACUAAUGAACUUAGUCCUGCCCAAUCACCUGGCAGCAAGUCUGAGUCGAGGAUGUUUAAUGGCGUUGAGAAGGAGUGCCCCUCCCCCACAGAGAAACUGGCCCGAAAGGAGUCCUUGAAGGUCCAAAAGCAGAAUUACAGGCAGGAGAAGAAACGGGCGGCUAAAGAGCUUUCCAUCGCUCUGAAGGACCCCAGUGUCGUCAUCAUGUCCAACUGGCUGAAGAUCCGAGGGUCUUUGAAGAGCUGGACCAGGCUGUGGUGUGCCCUGAAGCCGGGAGUACUUUUGAUCUACAAGACCCCCAAAGCAGACCACUGGGUGGGCACCAUCCUCCUCAGCGCCUGUAAGCUGAUCGAGAGACCCUCCAAGAAGGACGGGUUCUGCUUCAAGCUCUAUCACCCUCUGGAAAAGUCCAUCUGGGCUGUGAAGGGUCCCAAAGGAGAGAACGUGGGCUCCAUUACGCAGCCUCUGCCAAGUAACUACCUGAUCUUCAGAGCUGCAUCCGAGUCUGACGGCCGGUGCUGGAUGGACGCUCUGGAGCUGGCUCUGAACUGCUCCAGCCUCUACAAGCUGACGGCCAAGGCGGCCCGAGAGGGAGACGUCAGCCUGACCCCCGAGUCCUCGCAUUUCCUGCACCUGCUGCAGGCGUCGCCGCUCUCAGAGACGGAGCUGCUGCAGCUGAGCGACGGCGGGCACCACAUGGAGAACGACGGCUUUUCCGACAAAUCCGAGCGCGAGCUGCACGACGACUGGGACGCCACCGCCGAGGAAAACGGCGGGCGGCUGACGGAGGAGAGCGACAUGGAGCAGUCGGAGGAGACGCCUCCUCCUCCGCCUUCUACGGCCUACGAGGAGCAGAGCACGGAGGAUAUCGCAGAGGCCGGGGAGGGGUCCCAGGUGGAGACGGUGUCUGAGGAGAACAAAGGUCUGAUCUGGGGUCUGCUGAAGCAGCUGCGGCCGGGCAUGGACCUGUCCAAGGUGGUGCUGCCCACCUUCAUCCUGGAGCCGCGCUCCUUCCUGGACAAGCUGUCGGACUACUAUUACCACGCCGACCUGCUGUCCCAAGCGGCUCUGGAGGAGAGCGCCUAUGGGCGGAUCAAAACGGUGCUGAGAUGGUACCUGUCCGGGUUCUACAAGAAGCCCAAGGGUCUGAAGAAGCCGUACAACCCCAUCCUGGGGGAGACGUUCCGCUGCUGCUGGCUCCACCCCCACACGGACAGCUGCACCUUCUACAUAGCCGAGCAGGUGUCCCACCACCCCCCCAUCUCUGCUUUCUACGUCUGCAACCGGAAGGACGGCUUCUCCAUCAGCGGAAGCAUCCUGGCCAAGUCCAAGUUCUACGGUAACUCGCUGUCCGCGGUUCUGGACGGCCGAGCCCGGCUGCUGUUCCUGAGCAGGGAGGAGGAGUACAUCAUCACCAUGCCCUACGCCCACUGCAAAGGGAUCCUGUACGGCACCAUGACCCUGGAGCUGGGGGGCAAAGUCACCAUCGAGUGUGAGAAGACCAGAUGUUCCUCUGAGCUGGAGUUCAAGCUGAAGCCCUUCCUCGGAGGUUCCAGCUCUGUCAAUCAGAUCAGCGGGAAGAUCCUGGCAGGAGACGAGCUCCUGGCCACGGUGGAUGGACACUGGGACGGGGACGUCUUCAUCAGUGAGAAAUGCUCAGGCCAGAGGGAGCUGCUGUGGAGUCCCAGCCCCGAAAUCCGCAGCAGGCGCCUGAAGAGACGAGUGGUCCAGAUGGGCGAGCAGGAGGAGUUUGAGUCGGAAAGACUGUGGCAGCACGUGACCCAGGCUAUCCUGGACCGGGACCAGGUGCAGGCCACCCAGGAGAAGUUUGUCCUGGAGGACGCUCAGCGAAAGGAAGCCAAAGAACGAGGAGACGUGCCCUGGACCCCCCGGUUCUUCCAGCAGGAUCCUGUCACCUCUGAGUGGAUCUACAAGCACACUGACACCCGGCCCUGGGACCCGGAGCUCUGCCUGCUGCAGUUCGAAAAGGACGGCGUCAUCCAGACGCAGCCGAGAAGCCAACACGUGGGUCUGACCUAUGGCCACAGCUGGACCAGCCGGCACAAGGUGGCGCUGAAUAGGAAGCACAGGAAGUCCAGCAGCCAGCCGUCCAGCUGCAGCCAAAACACGGAGAGCAGCAGCAGCACGUCGGAGCCCCCCCACGAGUCCUCCGACAACGAGGAUUUCCCGCAGCAGUGCAUGGGCUGCAGCUCCCAGCUGAAGGACUUGGCUCAGAUAGAAGCGUCCAUCUCCUCCAUCCACAGGACGCAGCAGGACAUCCAGAGGAACCUGGUGGCGCUGAGUCAGCAGCUCUCCCAUCAGAGGGCGAGCGACCACGGCGCCCUGACGGGUCGCCACUGCCUCGUCCUCUGCCUCCUGCUCCUCUCACAGCUCCUUCUCAACUACGUCUUCACCUGAGCCGACUCCUCUGGGAAGACCCCCCCAGCACUGGAUUCAGACCCCCCCGAGAAAAGAAAGCACAGAAUCAAUGGGGGGGGGGACUUCAUAGCAAUAAACAGCCUGUCAGAGAGGAGCGGCUCCCCCCGGUGUAGCCGGACUGUAACAGCACCUCUGCACUUUGGACAGGAGGAGGAACGAGGAGUUUAGACAACUAGAAAAGACGGCGAGGAGGCGCGCCGCUCUGCCCGCUAUCGCCUGCAAUACUGUUCAUGUGUGUUUACAGCGCCGCCACACCUGCUCCUCCACCGCUCCUCUCAUCACCUGCUCUACUCCUCUCCUCUUCCACUCCAGAUUCUGGGCCUUAACGCUGAAGCCAAAAGAGAGGAGGAGUCAAACGACCUUCUAGCAGAUCCAUCUUGUCCUUCAUGGACGUCUGAUUUCACUGUCGGCGCUGUUUGACCAAAAAAGUAUUUUAUGAAGGAGGCGCGAUUGUUCACGUGUUUUUGUGCCCCGCCCCCUCACCACAGUGCAUUUCACUAGAAGCAAGAAUGGGAGGAGCCUAAAGAGAGGCGCCUGUGUGGAGGUCUGUGUGUUUUCCUGUCAGUCGGGGGCGGAGUCAGAAUGUAUUUAUUGUAUGAAUCCCUCAGACGGUCUUCAUCUGAAUCAUGGAGGACGCUCAGGUGUGAGCCCUCCAGUGUGUGUGUGUGUGUGUGUGUGUGAUGCAGCACAUUUUUGUGUGGUAACCAUGACAAUCACAGGGACACUGUCAGAUGUUUCAGUCACGGCUUUCACACGGCGUGGAGCGCCUUGAACCACACCUCCCUCUGUGAUUGUCUCUUUUUCUACUUCGCUGCCUUGGUGGGGGGAGGGGGGUUCUGCGUGCCACAGGUUUUUUGUCAUGAGGAACCGAAAUGUUCGAACACUCACACCUGUUAGACGUUCUGCAGUAAAAUGUUUGAACCCGA